AUGGAGACCCCGAAGACGCAGAAGGACAUUCAGAGCCUUACCGGACGUGUCGCUGCCCUGACACGCUUCAUCUCCAAGGCUACCGAUAAAUGCGUACCGUUCUUCAAAGCUUUGAAAGGGGGCAAACAUCAUAUAACAUGGACUCCCGAAUGCGACCAAGCAUUUCAAAACUUGAAGAACUACAUGAGCCAAGCACCAUUGUUAUCAAAACCACUGCCAGGCGAGGUACUACUCCUGUACCUUUCGGUAUCCAACACUGCCGUCAGCUCAGUGUUGAUAAGGAAGCCAGAGAAGGCGGAGCUACCGAUCUUCUAUGUCAGCAAGGCGCUCCAGAGCGCAGAACUUCGGUACCCACCCUUGGAGCAGUUAGCACUGGCCCUGGUCGUCUCGGCACGAAGACUUCGCCCUUACUUCCAGGCUCACGAAGUCACGGUUCUGACGAACCAGCCCCUUCGGCAGGUGCUCCAAAAGCCGGAAACAUCUGGCCGAUUGGUCAAAUGGGCAAUCGAGUUGGGAGAGUUUGACAUACAGUUCAAACCAAGGCCUGCAGAAAAAGGCCAGGCCGUUGCCGACUUCAUCUCCGAGCUCACACCGCCUGCUUUAUCGGAACCAUCAUCGCCGAGCGUCGUCCCUACCGCACCAGAAAAAAUGAAUACCGAACGUUUCGACACUUCUGUUCCUCUUUGGAUCCUGCACGUGGACGGCUCGGCAAACCAGCAAGGCUGUGGUGCCGGCUUAGUGUUAACCACUCCGGACGGUAGUAAAAUCGAGUACGCCCUCCGAUUCAACUUCCGAACCUCCAAUAACGAGGCAGAAUAUGAGGCCCUCUUGGCCGGCCUUCGGCUAGCCCAGAGCAUGAGCGCGAGGCAGAUCAGCAUUCACAGCGACUCCCAGCUCAUAGUGAAUCAGAUAACGGCAGACUUCGCAGCAAAGAUGCCUCCAUGUCAGCCUACCUAUCGGCAGCCCACCAGCUACUACAGAAAUUCCAAGCCUAUGAGAUACGGCAGAUCCCCAGGUCGGAAAAUAGCCAUGCCGACGCACUCUCGCGGUUGGCUUCGGCAAUAA